GGAGUAACUCGAAUUUUCAGACCUCAUCGUCGCGUGUCCAUUUUUUAUCCAUCGCCUAAUAAAUAUCUGUUUCCUUCACUUCCCCAAAUUGACUGUUAUUCCACUCCAAAAUUCUAAGACUGAAUCAAUCAAUGGUGGAAGCAGUAGUCUCCGUGGCUCUUGAAACACUAGGAGCUCUGCUGUUAGAAGAAGGCAAGUUGCUAGUCGGCGUUGGCGGCCAAGUGAAGGCGUUACAAAAGCAGCUCCAAGAGAUCAAGUGUUUCCUCAAAGAUGCCGACACAAAACAGCACAAAAGCGAAACCGUGCGCAAUUGGCUCUCACAGAUCAGAGAUCUAUCGUACAGAGCGGAAGACGUCAUCUUAGAAUACGCCGUCGGAAUCUCUUUUGAUAGACGGCGGCGCGGCCUCAAACUGUUCCUCCGUAGAUUUUCUGGUGCAUUAAACAUGUGCUACUCGCUCCACCAGCUAGGCUCGGAGAUGGUGGAAAUCAAAUCCGAGCUCGCGGAUGUGAUCGCCAAAAUGGAAAGCUACGGCAUAAGAAGCAUCAUCGAUGGAGGGGGGGGCUCGGCCGCCGGCGACCAAAAUUGGGCAAGGAAAACCUUCCCCCAUGUCGAUGAAGACUGCUUUGUUGGGAAAGAUGAUGAUCUAAAACGGCUGGUUUCGCUUCUUCUCGACCACAACGAGCAUCGAGUUGUUACAAUAUGGGGAAUGGGCGGUAUAGGUAAGACCACCAUUGCCAAAAGGGUCUACAAUCACAUGAUCGAGGCUAAAAACGAUCGAAUAUUCGAUUCCUUGGCAUGGGUUUGCAUUACUCAGCAGUGUCAAAUUCGAUCAGUUUUGGAGGAUGUUCUGAAGCAGCUAGACCUAGACCAGCAAAAAGGGGAGGGCGUUUCGAGUCUCAGCGACACGCAGUUGGUGGUGAAGCUGUGUGAGGUUCAAAGAGGGAAGCGAUGCAUGAUUGUUCUUGAUGAUAUUUGGGAAACUAGUCAUUGGGAUGGACUCAAGCACGCCUUUCUUGUCCGGGAUUUAAAUACCAAAAUCUUGGUGACCACGCGCAAACAGAAGGUUGCAGAGAUUGGAUUCUCUAUGGAGCUUGGCCUUCUUAAUUUGGAGGAUUCGUGGGAAUUACUCAAGAAGAAAGCAUUUCCACGCAACAAAAUUCCAGAAUUUGCAUUGCAAGAAAAUGUCAUAACAAUUGGGAAACAAAUGGUACGGAAAUGUGGUUUUUUGCCCUUAGCAAUUUCUUUACUCGGAGGGGUCUUGAGUAAGAAAACUUGUGUGAGAGAGUGGGAGUCGGUGAAUGAAAACAUCAAUGCAUCUAUAUAUAGAGGUGAAGGGCAUGACGAAAAGGAAAAUCAGAUUGAUGGAGUGCUAAAUUUAAGUUACGAAGAUCUGCCUUAUUGCUUGAAGCCGUGUUUUCUCUAUUUUGGUAGACUUAAAGAGGAGGAAACCAUAUAUGCUCCUGAUCUAUAUAGGAUGUGGAUAGCACAAGGCUUGAUUUCAUAUGAGAAUGUUAAAGGAAACGAUGUAACUUUAACCGACAUUGCAGAGCUCUACUUAAGUGAGUUGGCCUCGAGGUGUAUUGUCCAAGUUGAAAUUGAGGAUGUUAUACCCAAACAAAAGUUUAAGACAUGCAAGCUUCAUGAUGUAGUAAGGGAGCUAUGUUUAUCAAUGGGGAAAAAGGAGGAUUUUGGUGUACAAAUUUUGGAUUAUCAAGGUGGAAAAUUUAGUAGUUCGGUACAGGAAGCUCUGUCUCGUACUAAGACACGACAUUUGACUGUCCAUUUCAAAACAGAGGUCCAACAAGAGCUUGACAAGCUUACUAUCACUUGUGCAGAAGAUAGUAGCAAGCAUCUUAGAUCUCUUGAGAUUCUGAAUGAUAAGCAUAAGACUAUUGAAUUCCCACCACAAAGUAUACUUGAUUUUCGGCAAUUCAAAUUGCUUAGAGGUUUAGUUAUCUUGAGGUUCAAGUUUGUGGACAGAAAGUUACCCAAAGGGAUCACUGAUCUUGUUCACCUUAGAUAUUUGCGUCUGCGAGAAUGUGAACUUGAUAGCCUACCCUCUUCUAUAAGCAAUUUGGCCUACUUAGAUACCCUUGAUUUAUACCUUUCGAGGAAUGUUCGAGUUCCAAAUGUGUUGAGCAAGAUGUCCAGAUUAAGACAUUUGCUCUUUCCACUUUAUGACAAGGAAAAAAUUGGAAAUUACCGAUUGAAAUUGGAUGAUUGUGUAGAUGAGCUGGAGAGUCUAAUAGGGUAUGAUAGUUCAGUGCACGAAUUGAAGCAUAUUACAAGAAUGAAGAAUCUUCGACGUUUAUCAGCAUCAAUAUGCGACAAUGAAAGCUUAUCAGCUAUUAUGGACGCCAUUGCUACAAAGUGGAACAAGCUAUCAUAUUGUACGGUUUCAGUCAACCAGGGCUGCGAAUUCACAACAAGUGAAGAAGGGUUGAUGAAGUUGAAGCAAGCAUUCUCAUGUCCCAAUCUUUAUUUCUUGAGAAUUUGUGUUGGGUUAGGGAAGCUUCUAGAAGACUGCAUAAGCGACAUCAUUACUUCAAAAAUUGUGAAACUAUCAUUGUUAUAUUGCGAGAUUGAGCAUGAUCCAAUGAGGAUUCUUGGAAAGCUUCAUUCCUUAAGAGAAUUGUAUUUAGGGCCAAGAUCAUUUGUCGGGGAGGAGAUGACGUGUUCUGCAUUAAGUUUUCCUUUACUCAAGAAGCUUUCUCUAGCUAGAUUACCAAACUGGAGGGAGUGGAGAGUAGACCAAGGAGCCAUGCCCCUUGUUACUGAAAUAACUAUUGGUCGUUGUCCUCGUUUCGAGAAGGUUCCAGAAGGAUUCAGUAGCAUUCAAAAUCUUCAAAAAUUGGUGGUUUAUGCAACACCAAGAUUGAGUAAAAGGAUUUUGGGAUCAGGCCAAGGGGGAGUGGAUUUCCACAAAGUUCACCAUGUGCCUUCAAUUAUCAUCAAUAAAUCUUCACUCAGGAUGAACAUUCCUCUUGUGGAGAGAUAGCUCGUGGUUCUCAAAUAGCAAAUAACAUAUGCCGGUGAAGUUUAAUUCAAACGGUAAAUUUGAGGCACAAAAAAUUUCUCCUUAGUGAUCAAGGGUUUUGAUCUGAAUACCACGAAAUGUUCAGAGGUCACAUAUCCUUUGGUUUUGUAGGUUUGAACUAAAAUCUUGUAUGUUCCUUUUGUACUCUUUCUUCUGCAAUUUUAUUUUAUCUUCAUCGCCAUAGGAAA